AUUGCGUCCACGCGCCCCGCGGACGUCGUGCACUAAUUUGUAUCGAUGAAGUUUGUGCGAACAUGGCGGAUUUCCUGCCGUCUAGAUCCGUGUUAAAAGUUUGUUUGCCCGUCUGUCUUCUCAACAACAGCGAGGUGGAACAAUUGCGAAUAUCAAAAGAGAUCGACAAAUGCAUUUCCAGGGAUAAAACGUACGUGAAGCGCCUGGUAAAGAUCUUGCUACUGGGCGCUGGCGAGAGCGGCAAGUCGACUUUCCUCAAACAAAUGCGGAUCAUCCAUGGCCAGGACUUCGACCAGCAAGCCCGAGAAGAGUUCCGAGCUACCAUUUACAGCAAUGUUAUCAAAGGCAUACGGGUGUUGGUCGAUGCCCGGGAGAAGCUUCAUAUCCCGUGGGGUGACCCUGACAACAAAGAGCACGGGGACAUCAUGAUGGCCUUCGACACCAGGUCAGACAUGAUCGUCAAUGGGCAGAUGGAGAGGACGGUGUUCAUGAAGUAUCUCCCUUCCAUCACGGCUCUGUGGACAGACAGUGGCAUUCAGAACGCCUACGACCGUCGCAGGGAGUUUCAGUUGGGCGAGUCGGUGAAGUACUUCUUGGACAACGUGGAAAAGCUUGGGGAAUCGAGCUACGUGCCCACUCAGCAGGACAUACUGCUGGCCCGCAAGCCCACCAAGGGGAUCCACGAGUACGACUUUGAUAUCAAGAACGUGCCCUUUAAGAUGGUGGACGUGGGCGGCCAGCGCUCGGAGCGGCGGCGCUGGUUCGAGUGCUUCGACUCUGUCACCUCCAUCCUCUUCCUCGUCUCCUCAUCUGAAUACGACCAGGUGCUGAUGGAGGACCGGCUAACCAACCGCCUCCGGGAGUCCCUCAACAUCUUCGAGACCAUCGUCAACAACCGCGUGUUCGUCAACGUGUCCAUCAUCCUCUUCCUCAACAAGACGGACCUCCUGGAGGAGAAGGUGAAGACCGUGGUCCUCCGGGACUACUUCCCCGACUACGCCGGGGUGGAGCACAGCCUGCGCGACGUGCAGGCCUUCAUGGUGGAAUGCUUCCGGGCCAAGCGCCGCGACGCCAACCAGAAGCCCCUCUACCACCACUUCACCACGGCCAUCAACACGGAGAACAUCCGGCUGGUGUUCCGCGACGUCAAGGACACCAUACUGCACGACAAUCUGAAGCAGCUGAUGCUGCAAUGACCUCUCCCCCGCCCGCUCCCUAGCCACUCGCCACUCGCCCCUCAUCUGUCGCCUUAACAUGUCUCCUCCCGCCUGUAGGCGGCGGUGUGGUGAUCAUUUUCCUGUCCUCCGUCCAGGAAGAGGAGCUAGGAAAGGCCGGCCUCACAGAGGAAUUGGCUGUUCCUCUAAUUUCCUCCGUACCCCCUCUUGUUUUAGUUUUUUCGUAAACUUUGGUUUUAACUUGUGUCUCCAAAAGGUUCUCCCGCCUCCUCCUCUCCCACCCUGGGUGGUGGAGGGGGUGGUCGGGCCCGGAGUGGGGUUCCGGUGUUGUGUGUUUGGGGGCAGAGUGGGGAACUUGAGUGACUGGCUGACGACAACAACAGCAACGCAGAGUCCAUGCCCGACCUGAACUUACCCUGCCACCCCAACGCCCAGGCUGCCCCAGAUCCGACCGACCCGACCCUCCCCCCCCCCCCCCCCCCCUGCGGGAGAGGAUCGAACCCAGAAUGAGUUCCACAUGCAGUCUGAACGGGCGCCUUUAAACACUGUUUAACAAACCACACGCAUUUGUGACCGCGGGGAGCACGUGCUUGGUAUUUCUGCAUGGCUUGUCCUCAUUAAACCCAAUUCGUUCUAGCUCUAAUUUUGCAAUACUUUUUUUGUUUUAUUACAAAAAAAUAUAACAAAGCCACACAGGGCAAAUAAACAGCCAUAAUGCAGUGGCCAGUGGGGCCACCACACUGCUUUUUCUCAGGUUUGAAUUGAAACCACUGUUUGUGAUAAUGUCUUAGUUUUGUUAGUAGCUUUUUGUUCAGUUUAAUCUUAUUUCAACUACUACUUGUAGAAUAUACUGAAACCCCGUUUUGUUUUAGCACAUAACCUGUGUUGUGAAUUAAUGUUUUGGCUUAAAAAGAAAUUCAGUUUUCAAGGUGUUUCUCCCGAAAAGAAAGCUUUGCUAUUUCCGUUACAAAUAUAUCCAUACGAUAAACCUUAGACAAAAAAAUGGAAUUGAAGGUUAUUCAGAUCAUGAGCCACUGCGUUGUAUUUGUGAGGCCACUCUAUAAGAGAACUGCGGCUGCUGCAAGAAGCCUGUACUAAGGUCACUCUCUUCACCCUAUUCUUAUUCCACUGUCCGUUCACGUACAUCGAAGUUUUCACCCUGAAAUGGCACUGCUGUAUACUUAACUGUGCUUCCAGUCCUUACCAUGUACAUACUGUAAUCUGUCGCCGUGUAAAUACAUUUUGAGUUCUUUCUUCCUCCUUAUGUAAAUGGUUGUAGAAAUAGUGCAUUUAAUUUGCUGUUCUAAAUGCAUCUUAAAUCACUGCAUUUCCAAUGAAGAUAAUCUUUGAUUUAGCUGUUAAUUGAUUAUAGUGUUUGUUUGUUUUUGUUUUUGUUUUUGUCACAGAAACGUGUUAUGCUCAGUGUCUAGUCUUGUGCCACUGUAACCGUAUCAAUAAAACACACUUUUCUAAUGGAA